CCUUACUGAACUGCUCAGUUUAUCAGAAUCCAAUCUCAGUGAAGUGGGGUGGGUAGUCGCUGGAGUUGUGCUGCUAACCUUGGUUGUACCAGGCAAAAAAGAAGCGCUGGCAGGAUUUCUUAAGACAAGCGUUAACAAAGCCAAAUCACAUCAUUUUUUUCAAAAAGAAGAGAACUAAACAAAAUAACAUAAAAUACUUAGAAGGCAAUAAAUAAAAAUCGACCAAUCACCGAAGUAAAAGUGUGCCCAGUGCGUGUGUGUGAUGUUUUGGAAGCUCAAAAACAGUAAUCAAACAAGGAAGAGAGAGAUAUGAAAACGCGAACUUUUUCUUUUUUUUUUACUGUAUAGAAGACAAGUUUAAUGAAGUAAAAAAGAUAAACAUAAAACGCAAGACAUUCCAGUGGCUGUGGGAGCAUAUCUCCGAGACUGCAGACUUCUCCAGAAGUGGGUAACGGAAUUUCGUCUUGAAUGAGCUUUCGGGUUUGACAGCAUUGGGACUCGAUCAAACCUACUACUAAACUGUUGGAACAACUACAAUGUAAUAUAAAAAGGGCAGAAUCCCGUAGACGUCUAAGAAGGUGAGGCAUCAAAGAACACUCUGUGUGGGGGAUUGGAUUUUGUCUUUUAAGAAUCCAAAAAUGAUUCCAACAAGCAACACGUUAGAGGAUGCAGACACCAUAGAAAAAAAACAACAUGAGCAGCUGGAGCAACCACAGUCACCGGCAUCAACACUCCAGAAGCUGAAGCGAUCCCUCUCCUUCAAAACCAAGAGCCUGAGGAGUAAGAGUGCAGAAAACUUUUUCCAAAGAACUAACAGUGACAUGAAGCUGCAGAUGGACUUGUUAUCCAAAGUGAGCAUCAGCACUGGGCAGCUGUCCACCUUGAGCAGCUUGACCUCUUUACCCAGCCAGAGCCAGAAGCAGGUGGAAAUCAGGGCACACUGCUUCAUAGAGUACAUAUUCAAGAAGCCCAUCUUCUGUGACGUAUGCAACCACAUGAUUGUCGGCACCAACACCAAACAUGGACUGCGCUGCAAGGCAUGCAAAAUGACCAUCCAUCACAAAUGUGCAAACAGUGUUGGGCAACAGCACUGCGUGGGCAAACUGCCGAAGGGAUUUCAGCGUUACUACAGCUCCCCACUGCUCAUCCAAGAACAGUUUGGCUGUAUCAAAGAGGUGAUGCCUAUCGCCUGCGGCAGUAGGGUUGACCCAGUGUAUGAGACUCUGCGGUUUGGGACCACACUGGCACAGAAAACAAGGAGGACUGGGAGCACUGGGAGCGGGUCUGAAUCCCCCCAGCGCAACUCUAGCUCUGACCUGGCUGGAGUACCUGAGGAAACAGAUGCUCAUGGCAGCCUUGCAGGCCCCAACAGGAAACGCUGUGACAGUGACAGUGUGUUUACUUCACUACAAAAUGGAACAGGACUCUUUCACACUGAAGAAAAGAAGCAGGAAAAUUCCCCGGCAAAAAGAGAACAACAUAAGGAUUUAUUACAGAUGAACACCUAUGUUGCCUUGUUCAAAUUUAUACCGCAGGAGAACGAAGACUUAGAAAUGAGACCAGGGGACAGAAUUAUUCUACUAGAUAACUCUAAUGAAGACUGGUGGAAGGGUACGAUUGAAGACCGGGUUGGAUUUUUUCCAGCAAACUUCGCAGACCAGGUGAAGGCAGGCGAGAAAGUUUACCGAUGCACAAGAACUUUCAUCGGCUGCAAAGAACAAGGCCAAAUAAUACUGAAAGAGGGCCAGAUUUGUGUGGCCAGCAAGGAAGAAACCAAUGGCUUUAUUAAAGUGUCCAGUGGGAAGAAGAAGGGAUUUGUGCCCUUUGAUGUCUUAGAAAACAUUUGAUCUGAUGAAGCAGAUCCUUGUGGAGAAGAAAUCCUCACUCGUUUUUCACACUGUCUCGGCUGUUGUUCUGCAGACAAGAAAGAAUAUCGUGGAACAUAAAACAAAAGGCAAACAAAAGACGUUGCUUACAAAAUCCACUGGAUAAAGAGCAAAUCUGAAAAAAAAAAAUGGACUUUGAAAACCUCCACUUAGUGGUGGCUACUGUAUUGUACUGUGCUGUACUGCAUCAUUUAGGAAUUUACUUAUUUCUUAGCUACCAAUGAUAUGGUUUUUAGAAAGCCAAGCACAGAUGAAUGUGUGUGCAGAGUCUGGCCAUGUCUUGUUUAUCGCUAGUUCCUUACCUGUGUAGAAAUAUACAUUACGUAUUUGUCAUACAGUUUCUACUGAAGUGUGUGAGAAUACUUAACAACGUGUGUAUGUCUUGGCUGUCUACAUUGUAUGAAGCUUUACAGUUCUGAGGCAAAUCCCCCUAUAUUUUAAAAUACUCUCAGUAACUGGACAUUUUUGUAACACUUUUAAAUGUGAGUCGUUGAGGUCUUGCCUAGUGGUUUCUAAAACUGAAACCAUUUGUACAACCUAGUGUUUUUGUUUAGAGUAAUUUUUACAUUUACAUGUAAUAAGUGAUAAAUUAGCAAAUUAUCUGAACAAGAUUUUUAAAUGGUCUCUCAUCUCAUGCAUACUCUUACAUGCACAUAAAUACCAGUUAUAAUGUAAUGCUAUUUAGAGUUUCUCCUGUGAAUCAAAAUAACCACCUCUGAUUGAAAUUUGGAGUCAACAGUUAAUUGGUAAUAGUUUCCUUAUUCUAUAUAGAUAUAGAACUUAUGCAAUACAUAAUUAUUAAGCUUAAGAAAGAUGGGCAAUAAGGAGAUAGACCUCUAAGUAAAUAAUAAAAUACCAUAAAUGAUCGGAAAUACAUAUUUAGAUUUAAAGGGUUAAACGCGUUAUUGUUUCAUGGCCUUGGAGCUUGAAGAAG